AUGGCCACGACUGCCACCACGAGUUCGUCUUCGAGGAAUCCACCACUCCGAAAUCUCCAGACAAAGGUGAAGGCGUUGAUGGAGAUGUUUAAGUCCAUAACCACUUUCGCGAGCACUCUGGGGGAGGUUUCUUCAGCCCAACAAAUCCAUGUUCGGCUGGAGAAGCUCAACGAAUUGUGGGAUCGAAUCAACGACGCGCUGAUUGAGGUUGAAAUGCACGAGGAAUAUUCAUCGAAGGAGGCCACUUGUUCGAAUAUACGCCAGGACUUCACCACCAAAUACUACAACACGAAGGCAUCCAUGUUGGAACGCAUAAAGGAGUUGGAGGUCAAUAGCAGCGUUUUGCAUUCUACCAGAAUUAUGGACUCAUCGAUUCAACCGACCAUCGAGCAUGUAAGGCUACCGCAGAUCAAACUGCAAACGUUUGACGGCGACAUCGACCAGUGGCUGAGCUUCCGAGACCUGUAUCUAUCCCUGAUCCACACCAAGGCGGACUUACCGGAGGUUGAGAAGUUCCACUACCUGAAGGGCUGUCUCACCGGAGAAGCGAGGGCUCUCAUCGAUCCGUUGGCGCUCACAAGAGCAAAUUAUCAGGUAGCUUGGGACAUCUUAAUGGCCAGGUACAACGACAGCAAGGUGUUGAAGCGCAGGCAGAUUGGGAACCUGUUUAAAUUACCCAAGGUGACUAAGGAGUCGGCCGUGGAUAUCCAGACACUACUGGAAGGGUUCGAACGCGUCGUGCAGACCCUGGACCAGUUAGUCAAACCGGAGGAGUACAAGGACCUCCUGUUGUUGGAAAUGCUGUGCUCCAGGUUGGACCCAACAACUCGUCGUGCAUGGGAAGAACAUAGCGCUAAUCAAGACCAGGACAAGGUAGCAGAUCUUACUCAGUUCCUCCAAACUCGUGUGAAGAUCCUAGCAUCGCUCCCGCCUAAGGCGCACGAGAAUAAACCGGAAGUUUUUCAAUGGCAGAAGAAAAACAACGCUCCCAGAACGAGCCACAGCGCAACCCAGAUGAUGGCCGGAAGUUGCAUCGCUUGUCCAGAAUCCCAUUUGCUGUACACAUGCCCUACAUUCCUGAGGUUGAGCGCUUCCGCUCGAGACAAGCUGCUGCGACAAAAUUCCCUCUGCAGAAACGUGGCCACCAAGCUUCGGAUUGCAGAUCGAACCAGGUUUGUCGCAGAUGCAGAGGAAAACACCAUACCCUAG